AUGUCGCGAUGGCGUCGCGGCCGCCCGUCGCUGCUCCUGCUCCGUCGAGCCUUCCUCCUCGCAGCCGUCUCUGCCGCCGCCCUCUUCCUUCUCCUCAGCCAUCAGGGCCCUGACCCCCGCAAACCCUCCUCUUCGUCUCCCGACUCGGCCUUCUCGGAAGAGCUCUCCGUUGACCCGCCUCCCCACUUCGUCUUCUUGGAAGAGCUAUCCGUGGACCCGCCUCCCGCCUCGGCCUUGCCGGAAGAGCUCUCCGUUGACCCGCCUCCCGCUUCGGCCUCCUCGGACGAGCUCCAUGUCGUGCCGCCUGACGCGGCGGCUGGUUCGGAGGGAGGGCCCGGCGGGUCAACGUGCGCGACGGUGGAGGAGAUGGGGGAGGAGGCCGUCGGCGCGGGGUCGACUGAGGCGGACAGCCUCCGCGUCCGCGAGCUGAUUCGGCGCCACUUCCUGCUCCACGGCGCUGCGAGAGUUAGGUCGCUGCCUGCAGCUGAGUUCUGCAAACAAGGCUUUGUGUUGGGGAAAGCAUCUGAAGCUGGGUUUGGCAAUGAGAUGUACAAGAUAUUAACGGCAGCAGCUCUGAGUGUUAUGUUAAACCGCUCCCUGGUCAUCGGCCAAACCAGGGGAUUAUAUCCAUUUGGACAUUACAUUUCUUAUACUGACCACUCGUUUACUAUUGGAGAAAUCAAGCAUUUAUGGAGGAAAAACCGAUGUGCCCAAACAUAUGGUAGAGAUCUGAAUGUGAGGGUAGACGAUUUUGAGAAUCCCUCGGAGACAAAUGUUCUUUGUAGUGACUGGAGCAGAUGGAAAGAUCCAAUAAUCUGGUUUGAUGGCACAACAAAUGCAGUUGGAAUCCAGUUCUUUCUAAAGAAUGUUCACCCUGAAAUGAAAACUGCUGCUUCAACAAUUUUUGGAUCCUUAGGCAUGCUACAUGCCAGGCCUAAUACAUUCGGGGAACUUAUGCGAGUGAUCAUAUCUCCCUCCCAGGUAGUCCAGAAAGCAGUUCAGUGGGCAUCGAAGGGUUUCAGUCCAGAUAUUGUUCUGCACAUGCGAAUGAUGGCCAAUAGGCCAGUACGAGCAAGAACUGCUGCAGUUGGUUGUAUUCAGAAAGCUAUACAGAUUUCUGGUUUGAAGGGUACACCUCGGGUGGCAUUGAUCUCCGACACACCAUCAUUUGUUAAGGAGAUGAAGCAAGAGAUCAGUGAGUUUGCAGAGGUAACUUAUUUUGAUUACAAAUCGUUUGCCAAGAGUUUUGACCUAGAGAUGAAUGGAAAGGACAAGCCCUUGGACUUCCGGUCACGAGACUGGGGAUCAGCUCCAAGGUGGGCGGCCUUCGUCGAUUUCUUCCUGGCCUCAAGCGCCAGGCACACGGUCAUCACCGGAGCGCAUUGA